AUGUCGCGAGCAAUACAACGACUUAUGAAAGAUUAUCGUAAAGCAGAGCAGUUAGUGGGACGUUCAUCUAAUGAACCAUUUUCUGAUUUUUCUAAUGCUGCUACAUUUACAACACAAACAUAUGCACAACAAAUGGCACAAAUAAGACGUGAUCCAGAUUUAACACAAGAUGAAAAAAAAUAUCUUGUUGCUGUUGAACGUGGCGAUAUGGCUACCACUCGCCGAUAUCUUGAUGUGACAUCGAAAGGACCGUCAACAUUAGCCAACAAUGACACUUCGAUUGCACCAAUUAAUAUCAAUUGUUUAGAUCCAUUAGGUCGAAGUGCACUUUUAAUAGCAAUUGAAUAUGAAAAUAUUGAAAUGAUUGAAUUAUUAUUGAAUUAUAAUGUUGAUACAGGUGAAGCUAUACUACGUGCUAUUGAUGAAGAAUUUGUUGAAGCUGUCGAAAUUCUUCUUCAUCAUGAAGAUCUUAAACUACUCCAGCCACCGCCGCCACUGCCUCCACCAUCUCUACCGGUUAAGAAUAAUUCCGAUAAUGAUAACAAUAAAUUUCCAAACAAUACUGCAAUAAAUGAUAAUACAAAUCCAUUAUUCAGAUUGGCCCAGCAUGCAUUAGAAAGAGAAAAACAUGAACAACAACAACAACAACAACAAGGACAAUCAUCGCCAGAUAUUUCAAAUAAAGUCAGCGAACAACUUAUUAUAAAUACAUCUCGAUCAUACACACCGGAUAUCACACCCAUAAUUUUAGCUGCACAUAAAGACAAUUAUGAAAUUAUCAAAAUUCUUCUUGAAAGAGGUGAAAAAGUAACUGAACCCCAUGAUGUUCGUUGUGAUUGCGAAAAUUGUAGCGUAUAUAAUAAAGAAGAUAGUUUAAGGCAUUCAAGGUCACGUAUUAAUGCGUAUAAAGCCUUAUCAUCACCGUGUUAUAUAUCAUUAUCAAGUCGUGAUCCCAUAAUGACCGCAUUUGAUUUAAAUCGUGAAUUAAAACGUUUAUCACGUAUUGAAAAUGAAUUUAAACAAGAAUAUGAACAAUUAGCUCAACAAUGUCAAGAAUACAGUGCUGCAUUAUUAGCUGAAACACGUUCAUCAAAAGAAUUAGAAAUUAUAUUAAAUUAUGAUUCAGAAAAUCCGCCGGUGGUCUCUGAAACAACGGAAAAAAUGACAUUAGCAAGAUUAAAAUUAGCUAUACGCUACAAACAAAAAAAAUUUGUUUCACACUCGCAUUGCCAACAAUUACUUGCUUCUCUGUGGUAUGAAGGUCUACCUGGCUUUCGACGUCGUCAUUCGGUGAUUAAAAUGUUAAUAACAGCCCUUGUUGGUUUACUUUGUCCUGUAUUAUCUCUUACUUAUUUAAUAAUGCCAAGAAGUAGUAUUGGUCGAAUCAUGCGACAACCAUUUAUUAAAUUUAUUUGUCAUUCAGUUUCAUAUAUAUUUUUUCUUAUUUUACUUUUUGUUGUUUCAUUACGAAUUGACUUUGGAAAAUUAUUAUCAGGCAUUGAAGUAGAAACUAAUGAAAGACGUGGUCCACCACCAAAUCCAGUUGAAUUAGCUAUUAUGUUCUAUGUCGCUGGAUUUAUUUGGGCAGAAAUAAAACAAUUAUAUCAAGAAGGGCUUCAUCAGUACAUGGCGGAUACUUGGAAUUUACUUGAUUGGAUCACUAAUUGUCUUUAUGUUGCAACAAUAAUUCUUCGUGUAAUGGCCUAUGUUAAAGUAAAUCGAGAAGAACGUGAUCUACAAGGGAAAUUUGUUGCUGAUCAUGUUGGACAUGGAACAACAACUAUACAUCAUUCUCAUCCUCAACAUAAUUUAACAACUGAUCCAACUGGUAUAUCAACCGGUCAUAAUGUUAAAAGACGAGAUUGGAAUGCAUGGGAUCCAACACUAAUAUCCGAAGGAAUAUUUGCUGCAGCUAAUAUAUUCAGUUCGCUCAAACUGGUUUAUAUAUUCACCAUUAAUCCACAUUUAGGACCGUUACAAAUAUCUUUAGGACGUAUGGUACAUGACAUAUUAAAAUUUAGCGUAUUAAUCUUACUUGUCGCAUUUGCCUUUGCAUGUGGUCUUAAUCAAUUAUUUUGGUAUUAUGCAAAAAUGAAAAAAGCUGAAUGCGAACAAGAUCCCGGUCUUGAUGACUAUUGUUCCAAGGAUAUUUUUAAACAUUUUUCAAAUCUUUUUGAAUCUUUACAAACACUUUUUUGGGGUACAUUUGGUUUGAUUGAUUUACAAACAUUUCAAAUCUAUAAAAAGCAUACGUUUACUAUGUUUAUUGGUUUAACAAUGUAUGGUGUUUAUUCAUCAAUAAUGAUUAUCGUUCUUCUUAAUAUGCUUAUUGCAAUGAUGAGUAAUUCAUAUCAAUAUAUAGCUAAUUCAACGGAUACUGAAUGGAAAUUUGCAAGAGCUAAACUUUGGACUAGUUAUUUUGAAGAUGGUGGAACUUUACCACCACCAUUUAAUAUAAUUCCAAGUCCGAAAUCAAUCUUUUAUACUUGCCGAUAUCUACAUCGGCGAGCAUUUAGUUGUUCAAAAACACAGAUGAGAAAUCGAUGGCAUAGUAUUAAAAGAGUUCUGGCUAAAAUCAAUGAACGUGAAAUUAAAUAUCAAACUGUUAUACGUGAAUUAGUCAAACGAUAUAUAAUGAAACGCCAACAAAAGGACCAAACUGAAGGCGUAACAGAGGAUGAUUUAAAUGAAAUAAAACAAGAUGUAUCAGCAUUUCGUUUUGAACUCUUGGAAAUCUUAAGUACAAAUGGAUUUAAAGUUCAAUCAUUGAAGAAAAAUCCAGUAACCGGCAAAUUUGAACCAGUUGAGGAAUCUCAACGAUCUGCACGCGUUGGUCGAAAACGAGGCAAAAUGAAUUUCGAAAAAACAAUGAAUAAAAGUAUGUUCAAUAUGUCAUCAGCUAUACGCAAUGCAAAUCCAUUGGCACCAACGCCAGAUCCAAUAAAAGCUGAUAAUAUUCAAUCACAAGAUUCACCAUUAUUAACACCACUUUCGUCAAUGCUCUCAAAUCCAAAACAAAAACUAACAACACAAUUUAAACGUGCUAUUACAAUGGUUAAACAAAAGGUUGAUCCAUUAAAUGAUACAACAUCAGUAUCAUCAUUAAUACCAUCGCACGGAAACAAUAAUGACAAAUCGUUCGAUUCACCAAUUUUACCAAGUUUAGCCGAAGAAUCAAUACAAAACAAAGAUAACAUGGAUGAUAUUGGUCACAUGCCACUAUCGUCAACAUUUGCAUCAAAAUCACAAUCAUUUCUUUGUAAUAAAUCUCAACCAAUAUAUCCAUCACCAAAUGAAAUUUUACCACGCUUUAAUAAUGAUUCAAAUAAUUCACCAUCAGCAACAGUUCUUGCAAUGGAUUUACCAAUAGUACGAACACAUCAUCCAAACAGUCCAUCAGCACGCAUAGUUAAGCAAAGUUUACAACAAAUACAUUCAUCUAUUCUGCAAACUAUGCAACAACACAAUCCAUUAUCACCGCCUACGGCCUCAUCACCAACUACACUAAGUCCAAUAUCAUCAUCAAUGUUGGGCACAGGUGAAGUGGCCAUUUUGGAAACUAUUUUGUAA